AUGAAGGAAAGUGGCUUGAGACCGCCUUCUGCUUCACUACCACAGACCCAACCUUCUACGUCUGCUUCAGUCGCACCCCCUUUUCCUCAUCAUCUCAGUGCUGCCACCAUGACAUCAAAAAGUACUCCUUCCCAACAACCUUCUCCUCUAUUGGCAUUGCCUUCUAGAGUGAGUGAUAUGUCUUAUCAGAGCCCGUCUAUUUCCUCUUCCUCUCCAAAUUACUCGACAGUAUCCCAGCCACCGCAUACACAAAACAUUCAUGGCGGCAUGCUCAACUUGUCUCCUUCUGGCUCUAUUGCCUCAAAUGCCGAAGGACACACUUCUAAGAGCAAGUCCCACCCACCAAAACCUAUGCUACCACCUAUGCUUGCACGCAACAGAGCACCUUCACCCUUUGCGGACCAUGCGAAGAGUGCUAUCCCACGUGUACACUCUCCGCCUGUUGGGACACCCCCGAAGCAUAGUGCCACGACUGGAUACAGACCUUUAAAUGUGAGGGAUGCACUCACAUACCUUGACCAGGUGAAAGUGCAGUUCUCAGAUCAGCCAGAUGUGUACAAUCGUUUUCUGGAUAUAAUGAAGGAUUUCAAAAGCCAAUCGAUUGAUACACCUGGUGUCAUUGAGCGCGUGUCUACGCUCUUCAAGGGUCAUCCGACGUUGAUAUCGGGGUUCAAUACAUUUCUACCUCCGGGAUAUCGUAUUGAAUGUUCCUAUGAUCCCCGCGAACCCGACCUGAUUCGAGUAACCACCCCCAGCGGUACAACUACAACCACUGGAGGAAGUAGCAGUGCAAACUUCGGUGGCAGAAUGAUGGAAUCUGAUAAUAUUCCAGCUACCCAACCAUACUAUCCAUCGUAUGGUCAUAUGCCUGCACCACCACCACAACAAAUGUCCAUGCACUCCAAUCCACAAUCUUCCAUGCAAGGUUCAUAUCCUCCCAUUGGGGAAUCCUCUCGACCAAUUAUUCCACAAUAUCAGUCCAAUGUAGCUGGCCAGACCCAACAAGCAAAUGGUAAGCGUGGUCCAGUUGAAUUUAACCAUGCAAUCAACUAUGUGAACAAGAUAAAGAACAGAUUCACUGGAAGACCUGAGACAUACAAGCAAUUUCUUGAAAUACUACAAACAUAUCAAAAAGAACAAAAGCCAAUACAAGUGGUGUAUACGCAUGUUCAGUCAUUAUUUGAUGGCGCACCCGAUUUAUUAGAUGAAUUUAAACAAUUCUUACCAGAAAUAACUGGCCAACCGGCCAGUGUACUAUUUGGCGACAUUGGAUCCCCAUAUUAUGUUACAGCUCAUGGAGGUCCUAAGCAUAACAUGCACGACUCUUCACCACACAGUACUUCUAUGAUUCCACCCGGGAAGAAGAAAAGAGUCACUGGGGGCGAACGAUCUACGAUGAAUGUCCCUCCCAAAACAUCCAAGCGAUCCAAAAUCUACCACAAGCAGGCCUUGGACGGAGAGAGUGGACAAGCUGAUCCUUACGCUUAUCCAGUAUCUCCAUUCGACCCUGUAUCUCCUACUGUGACAGUAGAAGAAGUAGAGCUUUUUGAACGUAUCCGCAAGCAUAUUGGAAACAAGCCUUCAUAUGAAGAGUUCCUCAAGACCCUCAAUCUUUACACUCAGCAAAUCAUCACAUUGGAAACUCUCAUUGAACAAAUCAGUACCUUUCUUGGAAACAACAAGGAGCUAUUUGACUGGUUCAAGAGUGUCGUAAGCUAUGAGCCUUCUGAAAAAGAAAUAGAGCCACCAAACCCAACUAUACCUAAGCCGGAUUUGAUGCACUGUAAAACUGUCGAAGGAAGUCCGAGUUAUCGCCUGGUGCCAAAGAGUUGGCAGAACCAGCCUUGCUCUGGCAGAGACCAGCUGGCCUGGGAAGUUCUUAAUGAUGAAUAUGUGUCACAUCCUAUUUGGGCAAGUGAAGAUGAUGGCUUCGUGGCUUCAAAAAAGAGUCAAUAUGAAGAAGCUAUGCAUCGAUGUGAAGAAGAAAGAUAUGAUUACAACCUAAAUAUCGAAGCAAACUUGAACACUAUUGCCUUAUUGGAGCCUAUUGCUAAGAAGAUUGAGACAAUGAAUGCUGAGGAAAAAGCUGCAAUGCGCCUUAAGCCUGGAUUGGGCGGCCAAUCAGUCACUAUCUAUGAACGUAUCAUAAAGAAAGUAUAUGAUAAAGAACGUGGCCUCGAAAUUAUUGAACUUCUAUAUACCAACCCUGCCCAUGUUGUUCCUAUUCUCCUCAAACGAUUGAAGCAAAAAGACGAAGAAUGGAAGAAAGCACAGCGUGAAUGGAACAAGAUUUGGCGCGAACUCGACGCAAAGAACUUUUACAAAGCCCUCGACUACCAAGGAAUAAACUUUAAGAGCAACGACCGUAAAGCUAUGGCACCAAAAUCGCUUAUUAACGAAAUCGAAGUCAAAUAUCAUCGACAGAAUUUGCCUCAAAAAUCGAUCUUGGGAAAUUCGAAGUCCAAAUCAAAGUCAAUUUACCAAUACACAUAUCCAUGCAAAGAUCCUGAAGUAUUCAAAGAUGUCACUCGCAUCAUAUUCUCUUAUAUCGACCGCCAGACAGGAUUCACUGGAAACGACAGAGAAAAGAUUCGCACGUUUAUUCGCACAUUUAUUCCACUUUGGUUCCAUGUUGAGGAUGUAGUACCUGAAGGAAUGUCUCAUUAUAUUGACGAUGUAGACGAAGAAGAUAUAAUUGACGAGGACGAAGAUGCUCAUUCUACAAAUACUGAUGAUUCAGAAUCAGAAUUUGGCCGCUCACCAGGAAAACGGAGUAUGUCACCUUCACGACAAAGACAUGCUAGAGGAAAUCGUAGUCAAGAAGAUGAUGCAACAAUGGAUCUUCUUCGCGAUGUUCUCACAAAGAAUAAGACUGCUUUUGAGCAACUCACAGGCAUGGAAAUUGACGAGUCUGCACCAAAAUCUCCCUCUGCUCCAGAAGAGCCAACACAAACUGAAAUGAAGCCGAUAAAAGAGGAGGAAAAAGACUCGUCUAAAGAUAAAUUUGGCUCACCUGCGCAAGUUCCAGGAGCUGAGAGUACAUCUGUUGCCAUUGAAGUACCAGCAGUGCCAGUCUCUGAAUCAGUCUCUGGGACAGUGUCAGAGCCGGUCUCAGAAGAACCAGCAGAAGCAGUAGUAGUAUCAAAAGAGACUAGUCCAACAGAAUCUACAUCCACUUUACCCAAAGCAUCACCAAAGGGAGAUAACCCAGAAUCUGACACCGUAACUUGCAAUACUCAACGAACAAAUUAUGAUUUCUUUUGCAACAACACUUUCUACUGCUUUUUUAGAUUAUAUGAGACAUUAUAUGCACGCCUCAUCAAAAUGAAAGCAUUGGAUGCAGACAUGCGAGCAAACCCACGAAAGGGAAAGCGUGCUAACAAAGUUGCAGCGGGACUUGGACUUUACAGCAAUCGAUUUGACGAACUCGACCUAUCCAAUGGAUACUAUCACGCAAUACUCGAACUUAUUGAUAAAUUAUUUGAUGGUGAACUCGAACAGCCUGUGUUUGAAGAGAGCACACGCUAUUUAUUCUGUACUGAAGCCUACGUCUUCUUCACAGUGGAUAAAUUGGCACUUGCCAUCAUAAAACAGAUACAAGCUAUUACUGUUGAUACCAAAUCGGUGGAGCUUAUUAGACUUUUAAGAAGCGAUCAAAGUCUUGAAAUGUCAACGCCAAAGAUACUAUCCGUUUACCGUUCACGAGCAGAAGAUAUUGUGGGCUCUGAUGAAAACUUGUACAGAAUUAAUUUUAACACAGAGUCUAAGAUUAUGUCUAUCCAAUUGUUGGGUAGAGGAGAUUCAGUAUAA